AUGCAAAGGGACUCAAUGGACGAAAGAAGCUCCAUGACGCCUCAGCAGGAAACUUCGCGCAGCGUGUCUCUGCCGCUGCAGCAAAACAGCAGCAGCAGCAGCAGCAGCAGCGGGCAGCAGCGCGGCAGCGGCUGCCACCGCAGCGCUUCCGCCUACAGCGCCGCCAGCAGCAAAUCGAGGUGCAGCACCAGCAGCAGCUUCGGCUCCAAGUUCUACAGGAGAUUCUCCGUGGAUGAGGGGCCCCCACCUUCAGGGUUUACUGAAGAAACGCUGCCAACCCCGCGGGAACUGCUGUCUCAUACUUCUUCAGAAUUUGCGCCGGAGGCCCAGGGCCCCUCUUUGCCUUUGGAGUGUCAAGAGCCGGACAUUCAUGUCGUUGUGUCGAGCAUCGGAGUGGACCUCGAGAAGCAACUCAACCGACACCGCAGCGCAGACCACGGCCCUCCGCCUCGAGGGUUUUUCGUUUGUGAAGCUCCUUCAGCAAAAGAGCUGCUUUCGCUGCACCUCGACAUUUCCCACGAUGAAGAGGAUGUGGGGACGACCUCGGCGGACACGCGGCGGGACCCGGAGUCUGCUGCUGCAGCAGCAACAGCAGCAGCAGCAGCAGCAGCAGACGGCGGCGAUUACUACUUGGUAGCAGGAGACGCGGACUGGCAGUCUUCAGCGGGAGAAGAUGACUCCGACGAGGCAGAGCAGCAGCAGCAGCAGCAGCAGCAGGAGCAGCAGGAGCAGCAGGAGCAGCAGCAGGAAGGGGAGAGUAGCGACGAGGAGGUAUCGGAGCCCGAGGAGGGCAGAGACGCACUUGAUCUGCUGCUGCAGCAGCAGCAGCAGCAGCAGCAGGCCAAAGCUCGUCUUUCUGCUGCAGCCCGCAGGCGCAUGAAGAGGAGCCCAGCAGCAGCAGCAGCAGGAGCAGCAGCAGAAUCGGAAGAGAGCUCAGGGACGCCGGAGUCGGAGCCGCCCGACCCGCAGCAGCAGCAGCAGCAGCAGCAGCGGGUGAAGCAGCAGCAGCUGCCCCGCGGCAAACGCUCGAAGGAGAAAAGAGCCCAGAGGAAAUAUGCUGAUCAAGAUGAAGAGGAGAAGCAGCAGCGAAUGAGGCUGCUAGCCAGUGCAGGAGACACUUCGAAGAAGGGCGCAGGAGCGCGAGGAGCAGCAGCAGCAGCAGCAGCAGCAGAGAAAGGCGGGGAGCAGCAGCGGAGGCCAAAAGAGCAGCAGCUGCUGCAGCAGCUGCAGCAAGACGAAGAGGAAGCUGCUGCGGACACAGCUGACAAACUGAGUCAACUCAAUUUGCUGACGGGGGCCCCCUUUCCAGAAGACUCUUUAGUUGCUGCUGUGCCCAUGGUGGGGCCCUACUCCGCGCUGCAGCACUGCGACUUCAAGCUAAAGCUGCUGCCGGGGCAGCUGAAGGCCGGCGCUGCUGCUGCUCUUUGCCUCAAGCGCAUGCAGCAGCAAACAGCAGCAGCAGCAGCAGCAGAGACACACAAAGAGCUGCUGCGGCAUCUCCAGGUCUCAGAGCUGGUGCUUUGCCUUCUGGGAGAUGUGCAGUUGGCUUCUCCUCAGGGCGAAGCAGCAGCAAAAAAGAAGCAGCAAAAGCACAAAAUCAAAAUCAAAGAAGAAGAAUAA